CUUUGUUAAUUACGCAUGUUUUGUCGCGUCGAAUCUGUUCACAUUUAAGUUUACAACGUGAUCAGUAAGCCUCAUCAAGGACAACACUCGUCACUGUUUAAAUAAACAUUAGACACCACGGAUGUGCGAUUUGGUGAAGAUAAAGUAUACAAUUUCGGUCUUCUUUUUGGAUCGUGUUACAUAAUUUUUUAAAAAUGUGGAUAUUACUUGCCGUUGCGGUCCUAACGGCACUUGGAUACUGGAUACUGAAUAGACGUCAUGCUUACUGGAUUAGAAAAGGAGUACCACAAUUAAAACCAAUGUUUAUCUUGGGAAACAUGUGGCCCAUGCUUUCUCGUAAACGAUCAGCUCCUGAAAUGGCGCAAGAAAUGUAUAAUUCUGGUGAAGGUUCAAGGUACAUUGGCACAUACCAGUUUCUUCGACCAGCUCUUAUGUUAAGAGAUCCAGAACUCAUCAAGCAAAUCACAGUGAAAGAUUUUGAUCAUUUCUUGGACCAUGUAGGUUUCAUAGAUCCAGAUGCGGACCCUCUGUUUGGUCGGAAUUUAUUUGCACUUAAUGGGAUGCAGUGGAGGGAGAUGAGGUCCACUCUUAGUCCAACAUUUACCAGUAGUAAAAUGAAGAGUAUGUUUUCUUUAAUGUCAGAAAAUGGAGAACAAUUUGUAAAAUAUUUCCUUCAAAAAAAUCAAGACGUAAUCGAAGUGGAAAUGAGAGAUGUUACUUCAAGGUUUGCAAAUGACGUUAUUGCUAAUACUGUGUUUGGAUUUGAAUGUGAUUCUCUAAAAGAACACAAUAAUGAGUUUUAUACAAUGGGAAAAUUUGCUACGGAUUUUACAAAUAUACGGACAAUUCUCGUGUUUAUGGGGUACAUCCUCCUGCCCAAAUUACUAAAGUUAUUCAAAGUGAGUUUUUUCUCUGAUAAAAUGACGAGUUUUUUUGGAAGAAUAAUCAAAGAAAAUAUUGAAAGCAGAGAAAAAUACGGUGCCAAACGACCUGAUAUGAUUGGAUUGAUGCUUGAAGCAAGAAAAAAUAAACAUAGCGAAGACGACCACACUACUUUACCGGAUACUGGCUUUGCUACGGUGGAAGAAUCAGAAGUUGGUAAAAACCAAAAAUUGAGAAAGAGUGAUAUAACAGACGACGACAUUACUGCUCAAGCUUUUGUAUUCUUCUUUGCUGGAUUCGAUUCUGUCUCUUCGCUCAUGUGCUUUAUGGCUUACGAAUUAGGCAUCAAUCAAGAAAUACAACAGAAGCUUAGGGACGAAGUAGACGCCACGAAUGAAAAAUGUAACGGAAAAAUUACGUACGAAGCAUUAACAACAAUGAAAUACAUGGAUAUGGUAGUAUCAGAAACGUUAAGAAAAUGGCCAAAUGCUAUAGCCACUGACAGAAUCUGCACUAAACCCUACACCAUCGAGCCAAAAACACCAAAUGAGAAACCUGUUCAUUUAGACAAAGGUGACGUAAUAUCUCUACCGAUGUACCCAAUUCAACGAGAUCCACAAUACUAUCCAGAGCCAGAACGAUUCGAUCCCGAACGCUUCAGUGACGAGAACAAAAACAAGAUCAAACCGUACACAUUCUUUCCGUUUGGAUUGGGACCACGUAAUUGCAUUGGGUCGAGAUUCGCGUUAAUGGAAACUAAGCUUCUCUUUUACCACAUUAUCUCCAAUUUUGAAUUAAUUCCAGUUGAGAAAACACAAAUUCCAAUUCGUUUUAAUAGGAAAGCCAUAAAUAUGGCGGCUGAAAAAGGCUUUUGGUUAGGACUUCAACGUCGGGUAAAGUAAAUAAAACAUUUGAUAUUUUUUUGUGAAACUAAAUUUAUUACAUUCUGUGUACAAA